UUCAUAGACUUGGAUGAAUGUACCACUGGUUCGGAUUCCUGUGACGUCAAUUCUGUUUGCCAGAAUACCGUGGGUUCAUACAAAUGCUCGUGUAAUGCUGGGUACACAGGAGAUGGAAAACCUUGCAAUGGUAUUUAAAUACAGUCGAACCUUCCUGUGAGACUAAAGAGGCGGAUCCAGGGGGAGGGUUGACUGGGUUGUAACUUCCUCCUCCCCCUAGGGAAGUUUUCAAACUUGUCUGACUACCCAGGUCUAUCCCUUACCAAAAAAUAGUAUGAUAAGUUAUAAUAUAAGUUCCACACCAAUCGAUGAUUACAAGAAGACUGUAGCUAUUCCUCUUCUCGACCCCUUAAUCAUCAUCUGACAAAGAUCGCCACGCCGCCAUCUGCUUUGUCUGGUGCCAUCGAUUACAGUAAAUAUGGCACCACAGCUGCAUGAUAAAGUAGAAGGCAUGCUGUUCUGGGAGAAAGAAAUUUCAUUUCUCAAAUCCCUGGGAAAUUAGGUACUAAGUAGAUGGAAAACACUCUGGAGGCUGACUAAUCGGAAAUAUCCACCUGUUGUCCGAUCCUCGCAAGCGACCGUCUCCCGUAAGGGACCACUAAAUGUUCGUAUUUUGGGUGGUCGCUAAAGGAGGAUCGACGGUAAUAAUUAAAGAAGACAAGCUCAACACUGUCAUGUCGUUAGUACAUGUCGUGUUUGGUAAAAAGCCUAAAACCAAAUUUUGUAAAAACAACAAACAAAUGAAUACACGACCUUAUAGGUAAAAUAUCAGUGAUUCUAACGCUCUUCGCAAUUUACGCGUUCUCAUGCAGAUAUCGACGAGUGUUCUACCAACUCUCACAGCUGUGACGUCAAUGCGGUGUGUAGCAAUACGGCUGGAUCGUACGCAUGCGCGUGUAAAGCAGGAUUUACAGGCGAUGGAAAAACUUGCUCCGGUAAGCUGCUGUGGCAAUGUCAAAAUUGACUUUCAAAACGAUGUAAAUGUGAUUCUAUGCCCCUCUAUUUGCUCUAUUCGCUCAGUACAUGAAAAAAAUGUCAAGAAAAAAGAAAAAGAAAAAGAAAAAAAGAUGGACAUGACAUAAAUGAUAUAAAAUUUCAAUUCAAGUAAAACAAAACAAAACAAGUUUAAAAGAAGUUGCAGAAAACAAGUAAAUAUAAAUAAGUAUGAUAGCCUCCGCCGGGGUCACUUUUACCAAAAAAUAUUUAAUGGUAUUGCAACUGAGCUAAUAGGGGCACUUUGCCCGUAUUAUAUGUUAUGAAAAUCGCUUUGGCUCGUUAUGCAUUUAAGCAAGGAAUACUCCCUGUUUUUUGUUAUUCCAUACUAUGUCUCACUCUUAAUAUUUUGCUACAAGGCAUUUGUAGUUAAGUGGGAUUAAUAACACAGCGUAAACAAGAAUAUAUGACCUUACUGAUCACAGGAUUCGUUGCAUGACUUACGAGAAGGUUUCGAUCCUCACUUUUUUCGCUAGGUAUCGACGAGUGCUCUACCAACUCUCACAGUUGUGACGUUAAUGCGGUGUGUAGCAAUAAUGCGGGAUCUUACGCAUGCGCAUGUAAAGCAGGAUUCACAGGCGAUGGAAACACCUGCACUGGUGAGCCGUUUAAGUCUAAUGUAAAAUAUUUGUUUGUUUUUUUUUUAAAGUAAACCGGGAACAACAGCAAUACAAAAUUCUUUAUUUGUACUCUUUUUGCCCUUCCAAUAAAGUUUUUGGUUAGAAGGGAAAAAAUUACUGUAAAAAUGACCGCUUGGAGUAAGCGAACAGACAACCGAUAUCAAGCAGACAGAUAAUGUAAGCAAUAAAUAAAAGUGAAGUACUGGCGCCGGUUGUACAAAAGCGGGAUAGCGCCAUCCAAGGGAUAAAUCACUGUUCAGUAGAUAAGUAUUAGGGAUCAAUUGCGCUAUCCACUGGAUAGAGAUUUGUCGAGGAAAUGGGUCAGAUCCAUCUUUUGAACAACAGGGGCCAGUUCGGCCAGAUGCGCAACGCCGUAAGACGUGCGUAAAUGCGAUUUUUUUGUCCAAUAAGUGCAACAAAAUCAAUUGUUUAAACCUGCGCUCAUUUCUUUUUUUUUUUAAUCAAGCAUGAAAUAAUUAAGAAUCCUUCAGGAAAAUGAGUAAUUUCAAUUUUCAGUGGACAAAACCCUUGUACCAGAAUAAUUUUAACAAUAUUGCAUUCGUUUUUUACAUUUUUCAAGGGAUACAGUUAUACGAUGGGAACCCGCGAAAAUAAAUGUCAAAUUUCACAACAAUUGUGAAAACACAGGUAAAACUCUCAAAAUUUUAUUUGUAAGAUGUCUUUUUGUGAAAUUUGACAUAUAUUUUCUCGGACUGUCAUAAGAAAUUUUCUUUGGUGGUACAUGUAUUACAGAUAACUAAUUGCAUUUACAGCCCUUGAAAUAUGUAAAAAAGAAUGUGAUAAUAGGGCCAUUUAUACGAGGAAAAAUAAGACGCGUCUUAUAUAGGAGGCGUAUUUAACGGCACAUUUCGUCUAAAAUAAGACGCGGCUUGGCUAAGACGAGUCUAAUGUUAGAACAGCCCUUAACACCUGUUCUUAGAUAAGACGCGUGUAAGCUAAGACGAGAAAAACUUCGUAUAAAUGACCUUCGCGUCUUACAUAAGACGCGAACGCAUAGUACGCAUGCGUUUCAUUUUUGGCGCGCCACGUUGGAUUGCCUUUGCUACAGGCAACAUUCGCAUGAAAACGAGUCAAGAACAGAAAUAAGACGCGAACCAUUUAUACGAGCUGUUCUCGUCUUAGAGAAGACAUGUUCGUAUAAAUGGUACAGUUCGCGUCUUAUUUAAGACGCGUCUUAUUUUUCCUCGUAUAAAUGGCCCUAUUGUUUAAAUUAUUUCCGGUGCAAGGUUUUUGUCCACUGAAAACUGCAAUUACUCAAUUUCCCGAUGGAUUCCGUCUUAAUUCCGUUUAACUUGUUUCCUCUUUGCAAAGAAAACGGUUAUACAGGUUAUGAUUACACUUACUUUUAUUGUUCCUUUUGUGCAGAUAUAGACGAGUGCGCCAGCGGUACCCACAACUGCCACAGUUCUCUUGCUUCAUGUACAAACACAGUGGGAUCUUUUAGUUGUACAUGUAGCAGUCCUUACAUCGGAGAUGGCAAAACCUGCAUUAAUAUUCCAUAUGGUAAUUAAUCACUAAGAAUUAAGAAAAUGUUCAUUCACUAGACCCUUAUUUACACUCGUUAGAACCACAUUAUCCCGGGUGGUGCCCUUUAUAGUCUAUUCUAUGACCAAUUAUAGAACCCAUCUUAGUCACUUUUGGGUAGAAAAAUAUGUAUACGAUAUCGUCCCGUUGGAAUUCAUUUUUGCUGAAGGUUUUUUAGCUAAAAUAGCGCUGAAAUGUCUCUGAGUGAUACUCGAUUUUGGCAAACUCAAAAACAGCAUUAGCUGUUCUUGUAUUUUCCAUAAGUCAAUCACGUUUCACAUAAUGCAUUGUAAUUCCGUAUGUCAUUCUAAUUAUCGAUUACAAGAAGCCGCUACUACCAUGUGAGCUUCCGGUAGCGCCUUUGUAUGCUGACGUCUGAGCUUACUGUCCACAUGUUAAAAUGUAUUGUAAGAGGAUACGUCUGUUGUCCUCUUAUCCACAACUCUUCAUUCAUUCCUUUGGGCGCGACAAAGACUCACCAACUUAUUUAUCUAACGAGCAAUAGAUGAAUGAUUCAAAAAAUUCCCUUGGUCGCCCUAAAAACAAUAGUAGGUGUCUUUUCAACGGCUAAUAACGGAGAAAAGUAUUAAAAACUUCAGAAAGUUUCCCCUGUAAAGGAAUCCAAAACUUAGGCCACGUCCACACGAAUACAAACAUUAUUAAUUUUUUUAAAGCGCAUAUAUAUAUAUUUUUUUGCGUUAAUAAGUCGCAGAUGAAUGAGUAAAUUCACUGUUUUUUGUACAGACGAGAGGCGGACUCGGGCCAAAAAAAAAAAAACAAAAAAAAAAAAAAGACGAGGAAGAAGAAAGAAAGGAACGGAUUUAGAAAUAACUCGAUUCGAGUAGACGAGAGCUUUAGUGAUUCUUCAGUGUAGAGGAUACAGUUUCGGAAAUAGAGAUUACUUCAUGGUCGGUGAGUGCGUACGAUAUUUAUUCAAGGGUUGUGAAGAAUCGCAAACUCACUCGUUCGCUGUGCUAACUCGUUCGUUUGCGAUUCAUCACAACAAGUGAAUAAAAACCGUAUAACAAUCAGACGCCGCGAACGAUCGAUGCAUAUGUUUUUUUCACCAAUGAAAGCUCACCGUUCGCAUCGCUGAUUGGCUGUGACUAAAAGCUGACCGAUUUUUUCAUCGCGGUCAUUCUGUGAAUGAAUCUCAGUACUUAUAUAACUAGAACUAGUUAUAGCUAUCGCUAAGUGCCAACGAGCAAAGAUUUUACCUAUACGCGAGCGCUGAAAAUGUCAUGAAAUACAGUAAUUUAUGAAAAUAGACUGAACUUAAUUCGAUUGCAGUGAAAAUAGGGCAAACUUAAGCAAGGCGCACAAGAGACCAACCCAAGGCCGAGCCAGUACCUCACGCAUGCGCACAGCCAUAUUACGCGGCCAGUGGAAACCACAGACAACUGUUUCGUCCUUAUUGGGGCCCAGCAGCGUUGCAAAGCCGUUAGGUUAAAGUCCGCGUCUCAUAAGCCCCUUACUGCUGUGAAUGCAAAGCAGUCUAUCAAGCGCCAGCUCCACACAACACAUGUGGGAGCUGUUGGCUGGGAACCGCACAGCAGUUCUACCACGACAUGCUGGGCGAAGGUGGAUCCCAAAUUAUCAGCAAAUUAAAGCAAGGGACACACAUUCACCAACCCACGACCUGGCCAUUACCUCACGCAUGUGCACAGCCAUAUAACGCGGGCAGUGGCAGCCAUGGACAGCUGUUUUGCCCUUACUGGGGCUCAUCAGCAUGGCCAUAGCCGUCGGUCAGUGACCUGGAAAAACCCUUUCCUGCCGAGGCGAGUCUUUUUAAGUGCCAGCUUUACACAACACAUAUGGGAGCUGUUGGCUGGGAACUGCAAGGCAGUUCUCUUACGACAUGCGCGGGGAAGGCGGAUCAUGGGUUUGGUGUAUGUGUGCCCCUUGCUUUAAUUUGUCUUUUGAAAAUAGUAAACUAAACUGUUUCACUGCAUAAAGAAUUUGAAAUGGCGACUUUACGCGGCAAAUUUUUCGAGAUAUUAAAGUUCGUGUUUUUGUCCGAAGUUGUGCACAAGUCAUUUUGCGUAAAAUUUAGUGCUCUUAUAAGCAAAUUUUAAAUCCUCGAAAAAUUUUAAAGCUAAUAAAAUUCAUGGUGCACCAAUGAAGCCUUCCGAAUUAUUUUGCUUCAAAGACACAAAGCAUUUCGCUGCGUUAUUUUUCUUAGCGGCAUGCAAUAAAAAAUUCCAGCGGGCAAAUGCGACAGAUACCGCGUAGGAUGGAAAUUAUCCACCCGACGAUUGGUUGAAGUCGGAAUGAGCACAGGACUCACAAACACGCGCACGACUUGUGAAUUCUCUGAUCUGUAUCACGUGUUCGCCUGAAAACAAUGCAUUCUCUGUCCUGCAUUACGUCAUUGUUGCCUUACAUUACUCUAUGUUACACCGAUUCGAGAUUUUUUCCUGCCCCUGGAACAAUCGCGCACGGCUCUAGUAGGCUGCCGCCUCGCAGCCUCGCGUCUUCGCGAGGCUGCUCGUCGGCAUUAAGUAAAAUUUCCGUCGUUUAUAUCUAUAAUUAGCCCAAUAGCCUGCCCUGGCAGGUAUCGUGAAUUAGUUUCGCUUGCUUGAAUUUGAUUAAGGGAGGAAGCGAAGUGUGUCUAAUUUUAAAUUCAUUAGUGAUCAGCAUCAGAAGUGUAAAGGGUUUUGAGCUCUAGAUCCUUUUUUUGCCCACGAACUGUAACAAAUACUAUGCUCGACUAAGGUGAAUUGACCGCAAUGCUCGAUUAUCUGCAAAAACCAGCGAUAUGUCCUGACGAUUUUUGUUAGUAGAUUUUCUGUAGAUUUUCAACAUGUUUAACUCCGAAGCACUCGUUUCAUGGACCGCAUGAACUUAAGAAACGACGGGAUCUGGCAACGUAUUUCUGCAUCCGCUACCUGACUCAACCUUCUUAAAAUGGUACUUCGAGCGUUAUUUAAGGUUGCUUUUUUGUCGUCGAACUCAAUGACUUUUUAAAUUGAACUGUAAACUAUGAAGCGACUUCUUGAAGUUAUUUUAAUCCAACAGUUUUCCUUUUUGUCUCAGAAUGCCAGAAUUAUGGGAGUCUGAACGCUGCUGACAGAAAGAUUACGUACCGUCUUUACCACAGUUACUGUGAUAGAGGAAUCGGCCCUGGAUGGUUCCGUUUCGAGGGGUCCGCUGGUACAAGAAUGCCAACGUCAUGUCCACCGUAUAACAGAUGUGGCACUCAUGCAACCGCCUGGAUAGUUGGCGGACACCCCACAGUACCAGACGGUCAGGUUAACAGGAAAGUGUGUUAUCACUGGACUUUCAGAGGUUGUUGUACAUGGUUUACGAACAUCAAAGUGCGAAAUUGUGGUUCAUAUUUUGUAUACUAUCUUCAUGGUACAAAUAGCAAUGGCGAUUGUUCCCUUCGCUACUGUGGCACUGACUAA